AUGAAAAUCAGCAGACUAAUUCUUCUUUUUAAACUAAUUUACUUUUGUUGUUGUUCUAUAGAGCAAUUGUCUUAACAGAACCCCACUACUACAAAAUAUGUUACUCUCUAAUCUAAUAAAUUUUACGGAAUGGUUAGCUUUUAUUCACCAAUGUCAUUAUAAACAAAUUUUAUUGGGAAUAUUAUUGAAUCGAUAGAUUAAUCAUUUUUAUUUUCUGCUAAUUUUGAUAAAGAAAUAUAGAUUAUUUCAUAUUGUACACUCAAUCUCUAAGAAAAAGAAAUUACUCAUACAUUAAUAUUAAUUUAAUAGGAAACAAUAUAAACCUAAUCUUUUAUUGUUUCAUUUAAUCCAUUCUUUUAUGAUGGAUAACUCAUUUGUACAGCAUUUUCUUACGAUCCAGAAUAUUAAUAACUUAUAUUUAUUGUUUAGACUAAAAAUGAUAUUUAAGAUAAAAUUUUUAAUCAAAUUUAAUUGGAAACAAAUAAUGUUAAGUUAGUAUUUGGCGGUGUUAAUUCAGAAUUAAAACUUAGAAGUUUUUAAGGACAAUAAUUUCCUAUAUUGGAUGCAUCAUAUAGAAAUAUAUAUUUCUAUUUGAAUUUUCUUAUUGCUGUUGAUUUAUGUGCUGAUUAUGAGGACAAUUAUAUAUUUGAUUCAAAAGAAUAUGAUUAAAAAAAUAAUUGGCAAAUCACAUUACCUUCUCUAGUUGUUUAAGAUUAUUCUAUCUAUUUCUGGCACAAAUUUACAACUCCUAUUGAAUUUCCUAAUAAAGUAUUUCUAAUACACAUAGAUACUUAGAUUCAAUUUAAUUCUCAAUACUCUUUAGGAACCAAUACUUUAAUAAUUACUUAUGAACUAAAAGAAAACGAUAAGAUUAUGAUUGCUAUUAAAUAUUAUUCAUAUGAAUUCCCAUAUAUCUAUUUUAAUACAGAUUAUAUUGAAUCAUUAAUAAGAGAAACGUAAAUUGAAGAGAUAGAUUUAAAUUUAAUUUAUUAAUGGCAUUAUGUUAUAAUUCAAUAUUAAUUAAAUAAAUUGUUCCUAAAAAUUUAUUACCCAGAUUAAUAGAAAUAUGUUGAAUUCAAAGAUGAAUUUGUAAGAUAAUUUUAAUAUACUUAAUUUUCUAUAAUGUUUGGAGAGAGUUCAAAUUUAAAGGCAAAUGCUGGAUCAGUUAAUUAAUUUAAAUUUAAAUUUUGUCAUGAAGAUUUUACUGAAACUUAUUAAUGUCAUUUCUCAUGUUAUACUUGUAAUGGACCAUUAAAAAACAAUUGUUUAAGUUGUCCUUUAGAUUCAUAUAGGAAUUAUGACUCUAUAAAUCAUACCUGUAUCUGUAAUGUUUGGACUAUAGAAUAAAAUGAAAAAAAGUGUUUUGCUAUUUAAGAUGUAAAUUAAAUGACAGUAUAAUACAUUUAAAAUAUUGAAAAUAAGAAUCUUGAAAAUUUUGAUUAAAUAGAACCAACAAUAGUUUGUGCAUAUGGUUAUUUUCUAUUUGAAGAUGAUUGUUAUUAAUGGUAUUUAUAUUUUUUAUAUAGUAUAGUCCAUCAGCCUCUCAAGAUGGUGAUUUAAUUUGUUUAGAGUGUCUUGAUAAUUGGUAAAGCUGGAUUUAUAAUUCUAUUUGUCGAAAUUAUGUACUUAAGAGAGUUUAUUAUGAUUUUGAAAAAUAGGAAUAUAACUAUAAAAUUGAUUUGUCUUCUAUUUCUUCCUUAUACUUAUUUGUCGAUAAUGAAUUAAAAUUAUGUAAUUACUGUACUAUAUUUUGCCUUCAUUCUUCUAUAGCUUAUUAAUGUAAAUUGAUCAAUGAAAAACAUUUGGGUAAGGAUACAUAUGUUGAAUGCAAAUAAGGUUAUGAUAGUAAAACAUAAUCUUGUAUACAAUCAAGUAAUUAUUUAUAUGACAAUCGAUGCCCUGGUUUAGCUUGUAAUAAAUAAUGUAAAUGUUGUGGUGGCGAUAAUCAUUGCACUAAAUGUAUUAAUGAAAAUGAUAUUAUACUCUUAAAUAAUAAAGAUUGCGUUUAAUGUACUAUUAAAAAUUGUAAGUUUUGUUUUUAAUAUUUAAAAUAAUCAGAUGAAAUUUUGACUUCAACACUUUCCUAUACUGAUUAUAUACCCAUAAUAAUUAAUGAAGAUUAUUUAAUAGGAUGUGCUUUAUGCGAUGAUAAUUAUUAUUACAAUUUUGUUUUAAAUAUUUGUGAAUCUAAAAAAUUGUUAAUUUCUUAAUCUUGUGAUAAUUAUUUUAUAGAUCAAUUUAAUCAACCAAUUUGUUUAACUACUUUAACUUAAAAUUUUGAUGAAGGUAUUGAAAUUUCAGAUUGUUUUAAUUUUUUGAAAUCAUGUUCAAAAUGUGUUAAAUCAGUGACUAAUAAAAUCUUUUGUACUCAAUGUUUUGAUGGUUACUUUUAGAAUUUUAAUGGAUAUUGUGAACCUUGUGAUGAAAGAUUUACCAAAUGUAAAAUGACAUAUCUUAUUCAAUACGAUGUAACUGUACAUCAAUUAUAACCUUUCCUUUUAGCUAUAUCUAACGGAUAAUUAAUCUUAUAUCCUACUUCUACUUUAUUUAAAAAAAAAAUAGGAAUCUGUAAAAUAAAUGGUGAAUGGUCUUAAUUUUGUUAUGAAAUUAAGAAUGUACCUUAUUGUAAUAAAUAUUAUCUUGAUAUUUGCAUCUAAUGCAACUCUAAUCAAUUUUAAACUGUUACUUUUUAUUCAGGAUAAUGCUAUGCAUGUUCAUAUUAAUGCUAAACUUGUCUUCCAUCCUUAUUAAAUCCUUCAUAAAUCAAAUGUUUUGAAGCAGACUUUCAAAACAAUUAUAUUGAUCAACUUUCAAAUAGAGUGAAAAUCAAAAGAUCAAAUCUUAUAAAAUACUCAUCUGAAUUGAUGAUUAAGGAAUUAAAUUGGAAAACUCAAUAUUCAGAUAUCUUUAAUUAAUAGAUAUUUUAAAAAAUUAAUUUCUAUCAACUUAUGAAUAACUCUUUUGGAUAAUAUUUUUACAAGAGAUAGACAUAAAAUAUUUCAGAAUUUUAUGAGCAACUAAUUAUAUAAUCAAUAACAGUAUAUUAAGAAACCAAUUCAAAAUAUAAAAUUACUUUUUUAACUUUGGUCGAUUACCAAAUUAUUAAUUUAAAUAAUAUAUCUAUUUAAAUUUAAGAUUUAAACAAAGAUAGUAUAAUCAAAAUUAAUUCAAAAUAUGGAGUUCAUAUCAACAUUAAUAAUCUUAUAGUUAGAUAAAAGCUUUAUAUUAAUCUCCAAAAAUACAUAUUUCUUUUUCAUAAUAUCACUAGUCUAUCUAUUAAUAAUCUAACACUUAUGAAUAUUCAUUUAGAAAAUUUCCAUUUAUUUAAACUAUCUAUCUUUAACUAAACCACUAAAAUUGAAAUUGAUUUUCAAAACAUAAGACUUAUAAAUUGUUAAUUAAUAAAUUCAAGCAUAUUUUCAUUAAAUUAAUUAGUUGAUAUAUUUGAUUAGAAUAAAAUUGUUUUUGAAUAAAUCACAUUUUAGAAUUGUAGUUUUUUAAAUUCAUUUUUUAUUUUAUUCUAAGACAAUUAAAAAUGUUUUUAUUUAUAAUCUUUACUUAUUGAUACUUUAAUUAUUUAAGAAAGUGACUUUACUUCAAGUUGUUUAUUAUCUAAUUAUACGGCAACAUAUACCAAAUUAUCAUAGUUAUCUUUUAAUAAAUUUGAACUCAUAAAUUCUAAUUUCUUUGUUGCAGAUCUUUAAUUUGAAAUUUAAAAUGUUCAAGUUCUAAAUACAUCUAUACAUAAUAGUUCAUUCAUAUAUUUCAAAUACGAAAUUUUAGCAACUUAUUAGAAAGAAUUUCUUAUUAUUAAUGGAUUAUUUUUAUCAUUUUUAUCUACAGAUUCAUCUUUAAUGAGUUUAUCAUAAAACUUAAUUAGAUUAGUUUAGAUUUAAAAUGUCGAAGUCAUAAACUUGAAUGAUUUUAAGAAAAAUCAAAAAAUUAAGUAAAUCUCUUUUUAUUGCAAGCCGAUAUUUUAAUUAUUAAAAAUUAUUUCAAUCAUGAUUUUAAUUCUAAUCUAAUUUAAAUUAGUAUACUAAAUUCUAAUAUUAUUGAAUUAACUAACUUUUUUAUAUAAGGAGAGAAAAUCAAUGAUAGAAUCAGUCAUGAAAUAGAAUAUUCAAGUUGUUAAUUAGAAUAGCAAUUUUUAAAUGUUUAUAAUUUCACUAAAAUUACAAUUCAAAACUUAUAAAUUUUUAAUUUAACAAUUUGUAAUAAUAACUUUAUUAAAAUUGUGGAUAUACAAAAUAUAGCAAUUCUCAAUUUUGAUCAUUUAAUCUUAAAAGAUAUCUUGCUUUUAUAACUCUAAGGCACUUUGUAAACAUCCAUAAUUUCAAUUUAAAUUACAAAAUAGUCAUAAAUUUAAUUUAAUGAUUUUACAAUCAAUGAUCUAUUUGGAAAUAAUUAUGAAAGAUUAAGAAAGACAUUUGAAUAAUUAGCAAUCUUAUGUGUAAUUGGACGUUAAAGUAAUAUGAAAAUCACAAAUAGCUAUUUAAAAAGUAAUAUUUUAACAAAUAGUACUAAUGCAUUGAUUUAUUUAGAACUUAAUUCUAUAUCAAUCUAAAAUUUUACUAAUAUUGAAUCAAAUUACUUUACUGUUACAACAUACAAAUAUUUAAAAAAAGAAUAUGCAGAAAUUUCUAUUUAGGCAGUUUAGUAAUUAUUUCCAAUUAAAUCCGAAGGAAGUGUUUUUAAUAUCAUCUGUCAAAAAUUAGAAUUUUUUAAUAUAAUAACAUAAAAUUCCAUUGCUUUGUUGGGUGGAUUUUGUAAGAUCGAAUUUAUUCUAGAUUGUGAAUUAUAUGUUUAAAAUGCGAAUAUUAUCGACAGUAAAUCUGUUUCAGAUUAAGAAAGUAAAGGUGGAUCAUUUUACAUAAAUGCAAAAGAUGCAAAUUUAAUUCUUAAAUUUAUAAACCUAACAAUCUCAAAUUCAUAUUCUUUGUAUGAUGGAGGAUUUUUAUUCUUAAUUCCCUCUGAUAGUUCUAAUCUAUUAAUUUUUGAAAAUAUAAAAGCAAAUGGUGUUUUUUCAAUUUUUAGAGGGUUUAUGAGUGCAGAAUUUUCAUUUUAAACUAAUGAAAAUUUAGUUAUUCUAAAGAAUUUUGACAUUAAAUUAGAUUAUAACCAAAUUGAAGAUAUGACAAAUAAUUAUUAUGAUUUAAAAGAUAAUUAAUUAGAUUAUGUUAAAAUAAAAAAUGGAUAUUUUUAUUUUAAUUAUUGGUAAAAUUUUAUUUUAAUUUUAGUUAAAUGUAAUUAAGCAACAUAAAAAUAUCAUUUGAAAUUGUGACUUAGCCAAUAUUUUAUUUAACCAAUAUGUAGAAUUUACAAUUGAUAGAUUUCAAUUUAGAAGUUGGAGAAUAAAUAAGCAAUACAAUAAUAGAGUUCGAAUCAAUAAAAAGUAUAAAAAUAAAUAAUUAUUUAGAUUCUUAAGAAAAAAACAUUAUAAUAUAAUCAUUCUAAGCUAGACAAGUAUAAUUUACAAUACCUAAUACCUUUUAUCUGGUGUAGUGUAAUAAUAUAUAUCGUUAUGAAAUAAUUCUACUACAAAAUCUAAGUAUAAAAUAAAUUGCAAUUAAAACUAAUAAUUGUCUAAUAAACUAGUUAUCAAGAUUAUAUUAGAAUGUUGAGAGCAUUAUUUAACUAAGAUUUUUAGAUAUUUUUAAAUAUUUUAGACUUUCAAAUUGUUAAAUUUUUAAUUUUUAUAAAAACUCAUUUCAAAAUGCUUUAAUUGAUAUUUAUUAUUAAACGUAAGUAAAAUCUAAAUUUGAAUUUUUAUAUUUUUUUUAAAAUAAAUGUACUUUAUCAACUUGCUUAUAAAUAAGAUCUCACUUUUUAUAAUAAAAGCAAGAAGUCCUUUUAAAACAAAUAUACAUGUUUUAUAAUGAUAAUUCAUCAUAUGGACAACUUAAUCUUAAUAAUAUAAAUUAUUUGAUUAAAUCAUCCUAUUUUAUUAGUAAUGAGGCUAAAGAAAUGGCUGGUGCUAUUUAUUUGUAAAAUAGUCCUUUAAAGAUUUAAAAAUCAUAUUUUAUUAAUAAUAAGGCUCCUAAUUUUGGUGCAAUAUAUUGUUCAAAUAUCACAAAUCAAGAUAGGGAAGAUUCAAUUUCUAAUUCAUUUUUUUUGAAUAAUAUGGCUCUUUAAAAUAUUAAUUCAUUUGGAAUAGAAUUUUAUUCUAUAAGUCUGAGUUCAACUAUUGAAAGUCAUCAAAUUAUUGCAAAUUAUUCAAAAUCAUCAAAAUUGAAAAAUUAGCAGAAUCCUGAAUUAUAUGUUCUCUUGAUACCUAGUGGAUAAGUAAUAAAAUAAUAUUAAAUUUUUGACACAAAUACUCUUAGUUAUUAGAAUAAAGAAUUUACGUUAAAAUUUAAAAUAUAAAAUUAUUUUAAAGAAAACUAAAUUAUAGAUUAAAAUUUGAUAGGAUGUAAUAUAACAAGCAAUUUGAUAGAUAAAGAUUUAAAUAUUUUAUAAGAAGACAUAUCUAAAUUCAGUAUAGAAUUUAAUAAAGAGGAGAGUGAAUUAAAUUUAGAAAACUAAACAUUUGUAUUAAAUCCUUAUUCUGGUAAUUUAUUAUAAAUCUAAAUAACAUGUGAUAGUAUUGAGAAUAAUUAUUUUUAUGAAUUUCUUGCAAAAUCUUAUAAAUGUUAAUUAGGAGAGUUUUUUUAUGAGGAUUAAUGUUUAAAAUGUAAUGCAUCAAGAGGAUAUUAUAGUGUAAAUCCAUUAAAUAGUGAAUGCAUUAAAGCUAAUCCAAACUUAAUAAAAAAUCAUACUGAAAAUUUAUUAAAUCUUUAUGAAGGAUUUUGGAGAUUAAAUAUAUUAACUUCAAUUGGUGAAUAUUGCUCUAAUAAUCCAUCUAAUUGUUUAGGAGGAUGGUAAACUGGAGAUGUUACUUGUGUGUUAGGUCAUAUAGGAGCAUUAUGUGAAGCAUGUGAUGUUUAUAAUGUUAGAGGUUAAGGUAAAUAUUCAAAAAGUAGAGAUUACAAAUGUUCAUUAUGUGAAGAUUAUGGUUUUUUGAUUAUUGAAUUCUUAUUUGCUUUUACAUGGGCUUUUUUAUAAAUUGUUUUGGCUGUUAAAAGUACAUAAUUACAAAAUCAAAAGUUUCUUUUAUCAAAAUCUUAAACCAAAUUUUAUGAUAUUUUAGUUAGACUUUCUUAAGAUUAAUCUAGUUCAGUCAUUAAAUUAAUAAGUAAUUAUUUUCAAAUAAUUAUGGUAAUCUAUACUUUUAAAGUUAAAUUUAUCUCAAAUUUAGAUAGUUUAUUUUAAUUUGUUGGUAAUUCAACCUACUCAACUACUUAUAAUUUUGAUUGUUAUAUAUCUCAGAUUUAAGAAUUAGACAUAAUAUAUCUGAAUUUACUAUUUAUUUUAUAAGUUCAAUUUUUUUAAUACUUGUUAUAUCUUUUAUUGUCGUUCAUUAUUAAACUAUCAAGACCUAGAUUUUUCUCAUUAGAAACCAUUUAUUCAUCCUUCUUUUACUUAUAUCUAUCAGGUCAAAUCAAUCUAAUAUAUUUGUAAAAUUUAAUAUUAUAAUUAGGCUAGCACAAUUAAUAACUCCAAAAACAAUUAGUGAUAUUUAAUGGGUCUCAGCAAACCUUUCAUAUCGUUAUUGGACAGAAAAUCAUUAAAAAAUAAUGUAUGCUCUUAUUUUGCCUUUAUUAAUCUUUUUUGGAAUAUUGAUACCUUUAUUUUUAUUCUUAAAGUUAUCUCAUAAUAAAUCUAACCUUAGUAAUUACAAAAUUAAAUAAAAAUAUGGUUAUUUAUUUAAUGAAUAUUCAAAAGCUCAUUUUUAUUGGGAAUCAGUUAAAUUAAUGUAUAGAUAGUUAUUGAUUCUUAUCAUCGUGUUAUUAUAAGAUUAUAUUGUUAUAAAAGGAGUUAUGUUAAUUGGAUUACUUUUUGCUUAUCAAAUUAUUUUUGGCCUUAGUAAACCAUAUAAUGUUGGCAAACUCAAUAAAUUUGAAUUAUCAGCUAUUUAAAUAUGUAUAUGGUCUUUUCUUUUAUGUAUUUUACAAUACUAAAUAUAAGAAUUUUCUCAAUGGCUUAAUAAUAUUUGUUAACUUUUAAUUCUAAUGUCACUAAUUAUUUUAGUUUCAAAAUCAAUUAUCAAAUUUGUACAAGUAUUUAGUUCAAAAUAUGAAUAAAUAAUUGACUAUAUUAAGAGUGGAUUUGUUAAAUGCUUACAUUUAUAAAAAUUUUAAAAUUCUAAAUUCUUUGAAUUAAGUAGUAAAAGAAAAGCAAGAGUUUAAAAAUAUUUUAAAAUAAUAAAAUAACAUGUAAUAAGAAGAUCUAUGACCAACGUUAAUAUUUAAUAAACUUAAAAUGUUGAAAUAAUAUUAUGUUCUAGUUUAUCACCAUCCUAAAAACACAUAACUCCUGGAAGAAGAUUUUUAUGA